CGUAUUUGUCAUUAAACUACACCGGUGUUGUCGUUGCUAUACUCAUUCAAACAUGCGUGUAAUCAGCCUAUCUUUUUUGCACUACACUGUUGUAGCACCAGGUGAAAACGAAAAUGCUAUCAGGUAUAUACGCAAUUGUUUGAUGUAGUGUUGGAUUCUAUUCCAGCUCAAUAUUGUGAAUAUAAAGUGACAUACUCUGUGUGAUUGAUUGAUAUUUGCUAAACAUCACACCCACAGCACGGAACGAUGGAGAACCUAACCAUAAACGAACUGUACACUUCGGAAAAGCGUGGCGAUGACAAAUCCGGUGAUGGAACUGCGGAAAAUCCAUUCAAAACAAUCCUACAAGCCAUGAAGCACGCCGGCGAGGAACCUUUCCCGACAAUUUACGUGGACGCCAAGGAUGAAAAAGCGGGAUCACCCUACGAGGUUGCAGCUAAAUCUCAGCUCAAAAAAAAUCAGAAGCUCUGGGUUCGCGAUAGUUUCAAAAACGUCGAUAAGCUGAAGCGCGAAGAAGAUGACGGUAAGAAGCGAGAACAGAACCUGCAGGAAGCAAAAAAGAUCGUCAUCAGUGAAGAUGUGUCGUGGUCUACGGCAAAAUUGAUCAAGAUUAGACAGGGUUGUGAGAAUCGUGGUAUUCGCGUUAAAAUCUAUGGUUGGGUUCACCGUUUAAGACGGCAGGGGAAAGGAUUGAUGUUUAUAACACUUCGCGAUGGAACCGGCUUCUUGCAAAGCGUUCUCAGCGAUACCCUGUGCCAGACUUACAACGCGUUGGUUCUAUCGACUGAAUCUUCGGUUGGACUGUUCGGUACAUUAAAAGAGGUUCCAGAGGGCAAGUCCGCUCCCGGUGGACAUGAACUGCACGUUGAUUAUUGGGAGCUAAUCGGAUUAGCUCCGUCCGGUGGGGCGGAUUCCAUUUUGAACGAAGAUGCUAAUCCUGAUGUGCAACUCGAUAACAGACACAUUAUGAUUCGAGGCGAGAACACUUCCAAGAUUCUCAAGAUGAGAGAUGUCAUUUUGAGGGCAUUCAGGGAGCAUUAUCAUGAACGUGGUUACACGGAGGUAACGCCGCCAACGCUGGCGCAAGCACAAGUUGAAGGAGGCUUUAAAAUGGACUAUUUUGGGACGCAAGCAUUCCUGACGCAAAGUUCACAGCUAUAUUUGGAAACCUGUCUGCCGGCAUUGGGCGACGUCUAUUGUAUUGCUCAAAGUUACCGGCCAGAGCAGAGUCGAACUCGCCGCCAUUUGUCCGAAUACAGUCACGUUCAGGCGGAAUGUUCUUUUAUUACAUUCGAAGAGCUACUCGAUCGGCUAGAAGAUUUGGUAGUAGAUGUUGUCGAUCGAGUACUGAAGUCUCCGUGGGGUCAUCUAGUGAAGGAACUUAACCCGAACUUUACGCCACCGAAGAGACCCUUCCGUCGCAUGACCUAUAUUGAUGCAAUUGACUGGCUGAAAGAGAACAACGUUACCAAGGACGAUGGAACUUUUUACGAGUUGAUUGAUGAUAUUCCGGAGGCUCCGGAACGAAAAAUGACGGAUCAAAUAAACGAACCAAUAUUGCUGUGUCGAUUUCCUGCAAACAUUAGAUCAUUCUACACAUCUAAAUGUGAAGACGACCGCCGGUUAACCGAAGGAGUUGACGUUUUGAUGCCAAAUGUGGGAGAAAUUUGCGGAGGUUCGAUAAGGUGCUGGGACCACAACGAGCUGAUGGAGGGUUAUAAGCGGGAAGGAGUUGAUCCGAAACCUUACUAUUGGUACAUCGAUCAACGAUUGUAUGGCUCACAACCACACGGUGGGUACGGGUUGGGAUUGGAACGGUUCAUGUGCUGGCUGCUCAACAGGUACCACAUUCGUGAGGUUUAUCUAUAUCCGAGGUUCUUGGGAAGAUGCACACCCUAACCAGCGAUUAUGCGUCAAAUUUUAUUGCAUUUGUCUAAACAGUAUUUUUUAAAUGCUAGAAUUUCACUAAAAAUAAAGCAUUAACCAUUGACAAUUCUCACUGUUGUCACUACCCGAUGACUCGUCGGUCUGAUACAAAUGUAAUACAGAAUCCACACAGAAGUCGGAACCGGUUCCGGACUGGUUUGACUGGGUAGUGGUACAACCAAGGGGCAAACACUAGCAGCCCUCUAAGAACGGUUGGUUUCAAAAUCGUCCAAUGAAGGACGUUCGUUGGACCAAUUUGGACAACGUCCAAAUAACCGUUCAACGAACGUCCAUCGUUGGACCCGCGUUGAACGAUUUUGAAACAAUUUUUUGGACGUCUCAGUGGGAGGUUUGAGUGCGUCGCACAGUGGGACGGAAUCAAAAAAAGCCAUUGAUUGAUAUUUGUGACGAAACUAUUGGCUACCCGGAUAGAAUUUUACAAUAGCAUUUACCCUACAAACCAGAGAUGCCAGGUUCAAAUGUCUGCAAUAAUAAUUUUAAAGUCGGGGAAGAACAAAAAAUGUCAGGAAAGCUAGUGUGUUUCUGUUCCGCUACUAUUUCAGGAUCGAGUGAAUCUAACACAGCUCUGGAGUUCGACGAGAACUUUAGCAACUUGAAUCCACCUUGCUCGUGUACCUUUAUCACGCGCUGAACCAUUUCGAUUGCCGCUUCCUCUGUGUCAGCACAAUCAAAAUAAUCGUCCACAUAAUGUUGUUUGACUAUAGCUCGUUCAACACCAGGGUACUUUUUUUCAAGCUCUUUUGCAUUGAAGUUCUUGAUGAAUUGCGCCAUCGAUGGAGACGAAACAGCGCCGAAUAUCAUCACCAUCAUAGCGUACACGCUGGGAGGGUCCAUACGGUUCAUACCACGCCAUAGGAAACGUUGGGAGUUUUGAUCUUCUUUACGGAUGAGUACUUGGUGAAACAUUUCCUUGAUAUCCACAACGAAAGCAAUCCUUUUCAUUCUGGCGCGAAUCAGAAUCGCAAUCAGUGGUGGAACUAAAUCGGGUCCCUUCAGUAACAGAUCGUUCAGAGAAAACCCAUGUGACUUUGCUUUGGCAUCCAUGACCAAACGGAACUUCUCGGAGCUCACCACACUGAAGUGUGGCAGGUACCAGGUGUUCGAUGUUUCAGCUAUUUCCUCAGGCUCCAAUUUCCUAGCGUACCCCUUAUCAACGUAGUAUUGGGUUUUGUUGCAAUAUCGCUCAGCGAAAUCGGGGUUUGAGUCCAUUUUCUUCUCGAUAAUCUGGAGCCGACGUAGCGCUUGUGGUUUGCUAUCCGGGAAGUCAAAGUUGUUGUAUUUGUAAAUCUGGCCUACCUCGAAUCGUUCCCCAAGCCGUUUGAUCAUGCGGUUGAUGAUAUCUAGUUCAUCUGCUGUUUUCGCCAUCUGACCAGACAUCCCAAAAUUUUCAACUUUGUACAUUUUCUUCACCAGAUCAGUAAGUUUAACG